CCUCGGUUUCUUGGUUUCCAGGCUCGGUUGCUUUCGAUUCGAUUUCGUUUCGUAUUUUCGCAAUCAGAGCCAGCCGGUUGUGGUAGGGGAUUGGAUUUCGGAGGGGUCUGGCUGGGAUUGGCGAGAUGGGGGAGGUGGAGGAGAAGCUCGAGGCGUACGAGGUGAAGAGGGAAGGAGAGGCUGAGAUUCUCAUGCUCAAGAGCAACGCCGUCUUCUUCAACCCCGUCCAGGUCCAUAAUCGGGACAUGUCCAUUGCUAUUCUAAGGACAUUUGUAGACAAGCGCAAGGAAGAGCAUGAGGAGAAGAUCAACAGAAAGAACAAAGCACGUCAACAUGUCAGUCAGGAUAUUCCGCCUAGAUCAGAUGGAGAUGGCACUUCGAGUGAACAACCCGCUUCUAGUAGUGUGGUUGGUGAAAUAAAUGGUGAUCAUGGAAGGGAGCUACAUUGGAGUGCAGAUAAGGCAGAAGGCCCGUCAACAGAAACAACAGAGACACCUUCCUUGAAAAGAAUAAGAGAACUCAAUGCACCAAUUGUUCUGGAGGCAUUGGCUGCUUCUGGUUUAAGAUCUCUGCGCUAUGCUCGUGAAGUUGAUGGACUUGGAAAGGUGGUUGCACUGGACAAUGAUGAAGCAUCUGUUGAAGCUUGCAAGAGAAAUAUUAAGUUCAAUGGUAGUGCAGCUUCUGAUAAAGUGGAAGCACACUUGGCUGAUGCUCGAGUUUACAUGCUUACUCAUCCAAAAGAGUUUGACGUGGUAGAUCUCGACCCCUAUGGAUCACCUGCAAUAUUCCUUGACUCUGCUAUACAAGCUGUUGCUGAUGGAGGAUUGUUGAUGUGCACAGCCACUGACAUGGCUGUCCUAUGUGGGGCCAACGGUGAAGUUUGCUACUCUAAGUAUGGUUCGUACCCAGUCAAAGGCAAGUAUUGCCAUGAAAUGGCUCUAAGAAUCCUGCUAUCGUGUAUUGAGAGCCAUGCAAAUAGGUAUAAGCGUUUUAUCGUCCCAGUUCUCUCCGUGUUUAUGGAUUUUUAUGUCCGUGUUUUUGUUCGAGUAUUCACUUCGGCAAGUGAAAUAAAGAAUGCUCCUCUUAAGCUUUCCUAUGUAUAUCAGUGUGUGGGUUGUGAUUCUUUCCAUCUUCAAUGUCUCGGGAGAACCAUUACCAAGGGAAAGAGUGUGAAGUAUGCACCUGGUAUUGGUCCUGUUGUUCCUCAAAAGUGUAGCGAUUGUGGGAAGAAAUUUAAUGUGGGUGGCCCGAUAUGGUCUGCUCCUAUACAUGAUCAAGACUGGGUUCUUUCUACACUGGCAAAUGUCAAAGCAAUGAAGAAUAAGUACCCUGCCUACAAUAAGAUUACUUCAGUUCUGACGACCGUAUCUGAGGAGUUACACGAUGUGCAGCUGUUUUUCAGUCAACACAACAUUACUGGAACUGUCAAGUGCACUCCCCUAUCUGCAGUUGUUUUCCGCUCUGCGGUUCUCAAUGCUGGAUAUCGUAUCUCUAGCACCCAUGUGAACCCAUUAGGACUAAAAUCUGAUGCCCCUUGGGAUGUUAUCUGGGACAUCAUGCGCUGCUGGGUGAGGUUACAUCCAAUAAAGGAACAACCACAAGACUCUGCAGGGACAAUGAUCCUUUCAAAAUCUCCUAAACUGGAAGCAAACUUCUCCAGAGCAGUAGCUGCUGUCAGCAAUGCUCAAGCAAAGAAGGUCAAUCGGUUUCUUCCCAAUCCUGAGCGGCAUUGGGGCCCGAAAAUUAGGGCUGGGAGGACGAUCACAAGCAAACAUGCUUCUCUGCUAGGCCACGAGGCUGUAAACGGGGCCAUUUGCCAGAAAGACGGGAAUGGUUUGGCGCUUGACAAGGCUGCUCCAGGAACUGAAGAAGGGGUCAGCACGACCGAAGAGAAGUGCAGCGAUGAUGAAUGUGCCACGGAACCAUGAUUAGCCUGGUCUUGUCGAACUGAUGUAUGAAGUUACCAUGUCGUUUCCUGCUGUUGUAGUGUUGUAUCAAUUCAAUAGGAUUGAUGUUUCUUCAAAUGAAUUUUGAUAAUGAAACUCCGUAUACACCA